CAUAUGAUAUCAUCAUUAUCAACAUUUGUCAUUUGUCAUUCAUCAAAUAAUCAUUAUGAUGAAAAUGAACUUGAUCUAUCCGUUUCGAUUGGUUGGACUGAUUAUCUAGCCAUUGGCAUAUAUUUUGUACUUAUUUUGGCCAUCGGUUUCUGGUCUUCAAGAACAAACAAUCAAAAUACGGUGGAUGGAUAUUUUCUGGCCGGAAGACGGAUGCAUUGGAUUUUGGUUGGUGCAUCCAUAUUUUCCAGUAAUAUUGGUUCCGAACAUUUUAUCGGCCUUGCUGGUUCCGGUGCUAGUUCUGGUAUCGGUAUCGCGUCAUUUGAAUAUAUUGGCUUGUAUACAAUAUUAAUACUUGGCUGGUAUUUUAUGCCCGUCUAUUUGGCUAGUAAUAUUAGUACGGUACCUGAAUAUCUUCAGAAACGUUUUGGUGGUCAAAGAAUUCGUGUUUAUCUUUCAGUACUGACAUUGAUACUGUAUAUUUUUACGAAAAUAUCAGCCAAUCUUUAUGCUGGUGCUUUAUUUAUUCGUCUUUUACUUAAUAUUGAUAAUAUCCUUAUUGGUUGUAUUAUUUUGAUUGUUAUUUCGGCAUUGUUUACGAUUAUUGGUGGAUUGACCGCAGUUAUAUGGACAGAUGCCAUACAAACCGCAUUGAUGAUUAUUGGUGCUAUAUAUUUGUCCAUGAAAAGUGUUACAGCUGCUGGUGGAUACGAGAAAUUAAUGGAAAAUUUUGCUAUAGAUGGCUUACCUGAUCGAUUGGAUUGUCAAUCAUUUAUCGGUGCUUGUAAUGCUUCAGUAGUCAAUAAUUCCUGCGUAUCUUGUAGUACGAUAACACCAUAUUAUCGUAAUUUAUUUCGACCAGCUACUGAUCCAGAAAUUCCAUGGCCCGGUAUCAUAAGUAUUUUCAUCUCUAGUUUAUGGUAUUUUUGUUCCGAUCAAGUCAUCGUACAACGUGCAUUAGCGGCACGUAAUUUAACACAUGUUAAAGCUGGCUGUAUUUUGGCAUCAUUGUUGAAGAUUACACCAAUGUUUUUAUUGGUAUUACCUGGGAUGGCAGCACGUAUGCUUUGGCCAAAUCAAAUUGGUUGUUCGAAUCCUGAUUAUUGUCAAAAAGUUUGCGAUAGUCGAUCAGGAUGUACGAAUUUCGCAUAUCCAUAUCUAAUCAUAAAGUUAUUGCCGAAAGGUGCAACUGGACUAAUGUUCAGCGUUAUUGUUGCUGCAUUGAUGAGCUCAUUGACAUCCAUAUUUAAUAGUGCAUCAACAAUUUUUAUCGUGGAUAUUUAUCUACGAUUCCGUAGAAAAGCAAAUGAAAUUGAACAGAUUAUUGUUGGUCGUUGUUUUGUUGUCGUAUUGGUCAUCAUCAGUGUUAUUUGGGUGCCAAUAUUAGAACAAUCACAUAAUAGUCAAUUAUUUCCUUAUAUACAAAGCGUUACAUCAUAUCUAUCACCACCAUUAUGUGCUAUAUAUGUUUUAGCUAUAUUAUGGCCACGGAUCACUGAAUCCGGUGCAUUUUGGUCAUUAAUCAUUGGUCUAUUAAUUGGUAUGACACGUUUUAUAUUGGAAUAUAGUUAUCCAGUGCCAACAUGUGGAACAAUUGACAUUGUUGAUAGAAGGCCAGCUAUCAUUACUAAAAUACAUUACCUUCAUUUUGGUAUCAUUUCAUUCUCGAUUUCUAUGUUAUUGGCUAUUAUUAUUAGUUUGUUUACGAAGAAAAUUGAUUCCAAACGUUUAUAUAGAUUGACAUAUAACACACGUCAUAGUGAAGAAAUUCGUCAGGAUGAUAAUUGUCCAAUUGUGGAUGGUGAUGAUGAACAUAAACGGAAAUCGGAUGCCGAAUUGCAUGCUGCAGCUGCCAAGGAUGAUAAACGUUUUGUUCAUUUAACCAAUUUAAUUGCCAUCAUUGUUAUUAUGAUUGGUACAUUUUUCUGGGGUUUUUAUGCAUAACGAAAAAACAACAAGAAAUCAUAAUUUGUUUUUACCAAAAAACAUAUUAAAAGCGUCGACAUUAUUUAUUUAUUUUUUUUAUAAA